AUGUGCCUAAAACUUCCAUAUUCGAAAGGUGGUGCAAGUUUUGAACCAUCAUCACUUCACUUUUUCCCAACCGAAUACUCAACCAAGUGCAACCGGAAGACUACUAUGGAGGUACUCUUUUCGUUUCCGAGUAUGGCAGAUUUUGUACUAUACAGAAGAUUCAUCUACUGUAUUCCCAAACUCCACACUUUGAUCCUUUCGAACGCCUCCCGACUCGUCGUUGAUGAGGGCCGGAAAGUUGCAAUUUGUACACCAGUCUCAAUUAAUGCAAGCUCAAUAACUCCAAUUCAACACCGACUACUGGACUGA